AAGCAGGACAGUUGACGAUCCGAAAGUUUUGCCCAAAUACUAUUUCAGAGAUGAUUCGCUUUUAUUGUACGACUGUGUAUAUAAGUACGUGUCCAGCUAUAUAGAUCUCCACUAUGAAAAGGAUGAAGAUGUUGAUGGGGACGGAGAGUUGCAGGAUUGGGUAGAAAAUAUGUCCGUGCCAAGCAGAGGUGGAUUGAAGGGUUUACCAAUGAAAGAUGGUAAGGGUCACGUGUCUUCAAAGGAGGACUUGAAAUGGAUUGUGUCCGUAAUCAUCUUCACCUGCAGUGUGUCACAUGCUGCUGUCAAUUUCCUACAAUAUGACGAAUAUGGUCACCCUGCAAACUAUCCAUCGAUGCUGAGGACACCGCUAUUAAAAGACAAAGCACCCAGAACCGAGAAGGAUAUCGUAGAUGCCCUGCCUAAGGUAACAACAAUUUUCGAUGUUUUAAAAGUCACAAGCGUCCUGAGCAAAAGAGAAACCAAUCCUCUGGGAAAUUUCGAUGUAAAAUAUAUCUGUCAUCAAGUGGGACUUCAAUGCGUCGCCGAGUUCCAAUCGAAUCUAAAAAGAAUUACUGAAGAAAUCAGUGAAAAAAUUGAAAACCGUGGUUGGCCUUACGACGUCUUGGAUCCUCCCUUAAUUCCUAACUCUAUCGCUGUUUGAAUGUAUGUGCC